AUGCUUCGUUCAGUAUUCUCGGCCCGUAUUACAACGCUAGUUCCUGCUCGUGCAAUUUCAACACACAUUCAACCGCCCAAGACCCCUGUCAACCUGGGCCAUUUGUCUGAUAAUGCCGGUGCUGUAUCAGAGCGUACUCGUGUUGGCCGUGGCCCUGGUUACGGUAAGGGUAAGACUGCUGGUCGUGGUCAUAAGGGCCAAAAGGCUCGUUCAGGCAAUGGUCAACCUGUUCCUUGGUUUGAAGGUGGUCAAACUCCUUUAGUCAGACGUUUGCCAAAGCGUGGUUUCUACAACAUCCAUGGUAAAGAUUAUCAAGAGUUAAAUUUGGAUCGUUUGCAACACUGGAUCCAAACUGGCCGUAUUGAUGCUUCUCAACCCAUCACUAUGAAGCAUUUAUUAGACAGCCGUUGUAUACAUAAGAUUGAGGAUGGCGUCAAGUUAUUGAGUGUAGGCGCUGAGAGCUUCAGUACUCCCAUCACAAUUGAAGUGUCCAGAGCAUCGCAAAAGGCCAUUGAGGCUAUUGAAAAGGCUGGCGGCAAGAUUGUCACUCGCUACUACAAUGCUCUUGGUUUGAGAUCUGUUGUUCAUCCCGAGAAAUUUGCACAAUUACCCAAGUUAGCAGCACCAUUACGAAAGGAAGAAAUCAAAUAUUACUCUGAUCCUAAGAACAGAGGUUAUUUGGCUCAAGAGGCAUAA